AUGUCUUCACCCUCCAUCACCCAUCUCCUCCCGCCCACACCAGUCCAACCUGCCGCGUCCGCCCGUCUCCUCACACCAACAACACAGCCAAUCCCUCUCCUCCCCUCCCAUCUAGCGAAGCGAUACAGCUAUUUCCACACGCUUCUAGUGGUGAUUUACUACUAUUUCCGCGCGUCGGCGCUGGUCGCCGAUCCGUAUACCGCCAUGUUCCUUGAUUUGGGUUUCGUGAGUCUGGCGCAGGGUGUCUUCUGUGCAGUUUGUCUCCCUAGCGCUGGAUCGUGGGUGAGUGGAACUGCUGGUGGGAAAAUCAAUGAGAGUACUGGCGCAGUGGCACCCCUGAAGACUUUCAAGGGUGCCAAAACCGGCGGAAAUCUCUCAGGGUCGGGAUCGAGCAGUUUGAGGAAGAAGAUAGCUCCUCCAUCCGCCGUUAAGGGUGGAAGCACGAAAGGGGAAGGUGCCGGGGGAAGCUGGAAAGGACGAGUCACGCCAGCGCUCUUCUCUCUCAUUCUCACGCUCACACUCCCACCACUCCCAUUGACUCUCAUCGCCCUUGUCCUCGGCGCACCGCUCUACCCGACCUCCCUCCUGCCUUGCACACUCCUCCUCGCCACACACGUUGCGCUUCUAGGCUUCCUGCCCAUCUUCUAUACACAUGGAGUGUCAUCUUCCGCAUGGCGCGACGUCGCGGCUGCGUGGCUGCCUUUUGACGAAUCCGGUGUCUGGGCUGGCACCGUGGGCGCCUUGGUCGGCGGAUGGAUCGGGGCUGUGCCCAUGGCCCUCGACUGGGAUAGGGAGUGGCAGAAGUGGCCUUGUACGGUGCUUUGGGGCGUCGUACUAGGUUGGGCUGUAGGUAGGCUUGUCACGAAUGUGGCGCGGCUGGGGAUUGGAAGGAGGAUCAACUUGAGUGAGAAGGAAGAAGAACCUGGAGCGGGAACAGAGGUCCUGGCUGCAGGACCUGUCAAGACUUUGUCAGAAACCAAGAAGAGCAAAUGA